AUGGCUGCUGAAAAGGGAGAUGCGUCAGGGCUGGCUCUGCCGCUCCAAGCAAUGAUUGAGCAAGGAUUGAAAAUGGAGGAACCGGAGCUUGCAGACCCUGGGCCAAGGAACAGUGCAGAAAACAGCCCUUGUGCCAUCCGUGUGGGGAGUUGUGGGGAUUUCAAGGAAAUAACCAUUUUGGAUGAGAUGAAGCAGGAACCUCCUAAGCAGCUGCAGGAGCGCUGGGAGGCUCAGCUACAGGAAUUUAUCGAAAGGGUCGAAUUGCCCUGUUCGGAAUGGAGGCGCCCACAAUUGCCGGGGGCCGCACCAGCCGAUACUAAGGCUCUUCUGUCCACCUCUGAAGGAGCAGCCCACGCCAUUAAGGAGCCUGGAGCUGCAGGGGUGCUAUCCCAGUUCCUGCCACGCCUUGGCAAAGACGCCAAAUGGUCAGACGAAGCCGAGGCAAAUGGCAUGAGGGUGAAAGAGGAAGACUUGGAGGAGGGGGACUCCGCCAUCUUGGACGCAGAGGCAAAGCGACAACGCUUCAGGCGGUUCGACUAUCGGGAGGCCGAUGGCCCCCGAGAGGCCUGCGGGCAGCUCGAGCAGCUUUGCCGCCAGUGGCUGGAGCCAGAAAGGCACACGAAGGAGCAGAUCCUGGAGCUGGUGAUUCUGGAGCAGUUUCUGUCUAUCCUGCCCCAAGAACUCCAGAAAUGGGUGUGGGAUAGUUCGCCACAAACCUGUUCCCAGGCCGUGUCCCUGACAGAGGAUUUCCUGAGGCGGCAGCAGGACGUUCAGGUGAGAGAGCCAGAUACUGUUUAUUGAGGGGGAAGGUGUGGGAGCAAAAUCCCUGCUCAGCUUUGGACUUUAUCCCCAUGUCUUCUUCAGCUGGGUCUCCUUGGCUUUCUCAGGGACCAGGGCCAUUCAAGGUGGCAGCUGUACAUUGCGCAGAGGCAGAGAAUGACGGUCCAUCGGGUGCCUGGCAGAAACCACCCUGCAGAGAACUCGGCCAGAAGGUUGAUGGUGAUGCCAGCUCCCCAGGUGAGAAAUUAUUGUGCCUGGGUCAGCGGAUUAUCGCGAGUUCUCGAAACGAGCUACAGUUUAGGUUGUCGUUCAGUUCUCGGUGUCUCUGAUUCCUGGCCGCUCUUUUAAAUCUGGGCGUCUUGAGUGAAAGUGGCACGAGCUUCCUCGCAAUGUUUUCAAUCAAGGCGUUUUAAAACAAUAUGGAAACCGCUAUUCCAAAAGUGUUUGCGCGACGUAUUUGUACGUCUGAUUCCAGGCGGUGAGCAGAAAAACAGGGCAUCUAAAGGAACAUUACUUUGGAAAGGGUCUCCUCCAUGAAAGCUGUGUAGUUGUUUUCUUUCAUUGUAGUGCAGGAGCAAAUAAUAAUAAUGUCAGGCGUCAGAGAAUCCAACCCCCCAUGGUGGGUUGCCAGGAAUGGAUAAGAAAAGGAAGUACAGUGCUACCUCGGGUUACAUACGCUUCAGGUUACAUAUGCUUCAGGUUACAGACUCCGCUAACCCAGAAAUAGUGCUUCAGGUUAAGUACGGACCUCCGGAACGAAUUAAGUACUUAACCAGAGGUACCACUGUAAGGUAAAAGUAAAGGACGCCUGACUGUUAAGUCCAGUCGCAGACAACUCCGGGGUUGCAGCACUCAUCUCGCUUUACAGGCUGAGGGAGCCGGUGUUUGUCCACAGACAGAUUUUCUGAGUCAUGUGGCCAGCAUGACUAAGCUGCUUCUGGUGCAACCGAACACCAAAACCAGAGCAGUGCACGGAAACGCUGUUUACCUUCCCGCCGGAGUGGUACCUAUUUAUCUACUUUGGCGUGCUUUCUAACUGCUAGGUUGACAGGAGCUGGGACCGAGCAAUGGGAGCUCACCCCGUCGCAGGGAUUUGAACCGCCGACCUUCUGAUCGGCAAGCCCAAGAGGCUGAGUGGUUUAGACCACAGCGCCACUUGCGUCUCUGUAGGAAAAUGAAAGUUUUCACCAAUGCUUUUUAUUCAAUAUUCACAGAGAGAGGCUUAGAAAUGCAGCCUCUCAAAAUAAUGGCGUUGCUCCGAGUGAAACCCCAGGCCCUCUGUCCCUCCCACUUCCUCAUGCGUCAUCGCUACAGAUGUUGGGAUUGGGCCUUUUGCCUUUGAGCUCUCUGCUCUCCUACUUUCAAUGCCCGCCAGGUUCUGAGAGAAGGGGGGUCUGGCAUGCUUUCUAAAGACACUGAGUCCAUCUUCUUCUUCCUCCUCCUCCUACUCUACCAUUAUUUCCCAGAUUUCCCCCUCAUCUUCCUCUGAGCUGUGACCUCCCUCAAACCCCUGUUGUAAUUCUGAGCAGUCUUCUUUUUCUCUGGAAGAUUCAGGGUGCGGAGGACGGUCUCCACCACUCUUCCUCUGCCCAGUCCCUGACAAACAAUAACCCUCACGUUACAAACUCUCUCCCAAUUCUAGGAGAAGAUAGGAAGCGUCACGCAGAGGAGCAAAACCAGACAGAGCACCCUGAGGAUAAAGAACCACAUUGCAAGUUGCCAGGAAGAGACCAAAGAAAUGUUUCCUGCGGCCUUGACCAGGAAGCAACAUUUGCGCAACGGCAAGAAAGCUGCUCAGAGGAGGCAGAGAGCCGUCGCCUUCAUGGCAGACACCCAGAGCAUGAAAUCUCCUUGCCAGAAGGGAAGCGGUGCGCGUGCUCCUUCUGCGGGAAAAGCUUCAGCCAGAGGUCAACUCUCACCAUCCAUGAAAGAACCCACACGGGGGAGAAGCCCUUUGAGUGCCCGGCUUGUGGGAAAGGCUUCAGCCACCGCUCAAACCUCAUCGCCCACAGAACGGUCCACACGGGAGGCAGGCCGUACGGAUGCCCCGACUGCGGGGACGCCUUCCGCCACAGGUCACACCUCAUCGCGCACAGGAGGACCCACACGGGCGAGAGGCCCCACAAGUGCUCCGACUGCGGGAAGAGCUUCGGCCAGAGGUCGACGCUCACGGUGCACGAGCGGACGCACACGGGCGAGAAGCCGUACCGGUGCGCCGACUGCGGGAAAAGCUUCAGCCAGAGGUCCAUCCUGAUCGCGCACGCCAGGACCCACACGGGCGAGAGGCCGUUCAAGUGCUCCGACUGCGGGAAGGGCUUCAAGCAGGUCUCGGCGCUGACGGCGCAUGCCCGCAGCCACACCGGGGAGAGGCCGUACCACUGCCCGGACUGCGGGAAAAGCUUUGCGCGCAGCUCGCUGCUCGCCAAGCACAGGAGGACUCAUACGGGAGAAAAGCCCUACGCUUGUGCGCACUGCAGGAAAUGCUUCCGUCAGCGGUCGCAGCUGGUUAGCCAUGAGAGGACCCAUGCCAGCGCUUAA